CGACGUCUGUUAGUGAGAGUCUUUUUGGUUGGAAGUGUCCCGGAGACCUCACAGAAAGGCGCCCAGGGCUGGACUUACCUGCCCCCUGCUCCUUUAGGGAUGGAGGCAAUGGCAGCCAGCACUUCCCUGCCUGACCCUGGUGACUUUGACCGGAAUGUGCCCCGGAUCUGCGGGGUAUGCGGAGACCGAGCCACGGGCUUUCAUUUCAACGCUAUGACCUGUGAAGGCUGCAAAGGCUUCUUCAGGCGAAGCAUGAAGCGGAAGGCGCUGUUCACCUGUCCCUUCAAUGGGGACUGCCGCAUCACCAAGGACAACCGCCGCCACUGCCAGGCCUGCCGUCUCAAGCGCUGCGUGGACAUCGGCAUGAUGAAGGAGUUCAUCCUGACGGAUGAGGAGGUGCAGCGGAAGCGGGAGAUGAUCCUGAAGCGGAAGGAGGAGGAGGCCUUGAAGGACAGUCUUCGGCCCAAGCUGUCCGAGGAGCAGCAGCGCACCAUCACCAUCCUGCUGGACGCCCACCACAAGACUUUCGACCCCACCUACGCCGACUUCGACCAGUUCCGGCCGCCAAUUCGCAGAAGUGAGGGUGGAGGGAGCUAUUCCUUAGGGCUCUCCUCAAGACACAUGCCCAGCUUCUCCGGGGAAUCGUCGUCUUCCUCCUGCUCAGAUCACUGCCUUGUCUCUCCAGACAUGAUGGAACCAACCAGCCUCGCCAACCUAGAGCUGAGCGAAGAAGACCCAGAUGACCCCUCUGUGACCCUGGGUCUGUCCCAGCUCUCCAUGCUGCCCCACCUGGCUGACCUGGUCAGUUACAGCAUCCAAAAGGUCAUUGGCUUUGCCAAGAUGAUCCCAGGAUUCAGAGACCUCACCUCUGAUGACCAGAUCGUGCUGCUGAAGUCAAGUGCCAUUGAGGUCAUCAUGUUGCGCUCCAACCAGUCUUUCACCAUGGACGACAUGUCCUGGACCUGUGGCAGCCAGGACUACAAGUACAGUGUCAGUGAUGUGACCCAAGCCGGACAUAGCCUGGAGCUGAUUGAGCCCCUCAUCAAGUUCCAGAUGGGGCUGAAGAAGCUGAACUUGCAUGAGGAGGAGCAUGUCCUGCUUAUGGCCAUCUGCAUCGUCUCGCCAGACCGUCCUGGGGUGCAGGACCCCGCACUGAUUGAGGCCAUCCAGGACCGCCUGUCCAACACACUGCAGACCUACAUCCGCUGCCGCCACCCACCCCCGGGCAGCCACCAGCUCUACGCCAAGAUGAUCCAGAAGCUGGCCGACCUGCGCAGCCUCAACGAGGAGCACUCCAAGCAGUACCGCUGCCUUUCCUUCCAGCCUGAGAGCAGCAUGAAGCUCACGCCCCUCGUGCUCGAGGUGUUUGGCAACGAAAUCUCCUGACCAGGGCAGCCUGUGGUGGCGCCUGGGUGGGGCUGCUCCUCCGGGGCCGUGUGCUGGGGCCUGGGGCUGGCUGCUGCCUAGCAGGCCUUCCUGCCCCCUCUGGAGUUCAGUCCCUCCUCUCCAUCCUCCCCUCCUUGCCUGGCCCAUCCUCUCUCCUGCCCAACCUAACACCAGGUCCCCCUUUCCUGCAGGCCACAGGCUGCCCCCAGUCCCUCAAGACCCCAGUCAUGAAGAGUUGCUGUUUAUUUGACCAAGAAUCUCAAGUGGGGGCAAGGGGCAGAGGGCAGAGGCUGAAGGCAGGGCCUCGCCUGGGGAUGCCCCCAUCACUCUAGAAGUGGCUGCUGGCUGGUGCUGAGGGAACAGGCAAGCAG